AUGGCAAUCAUUUUGGCCAAAAAUAAUACUGUCCGUGAAAAUUAUUGGCAACUUAUUGAAGGGUUUGAAAACCAAACGCGAGAAAAGAUAUGCGAUUUCAAUACAAUCACAGAUGAAAUGAUUACAAAAUUGUUGGAUUGCAAUAAACAAUGGGAUGAACUGAUAAAAGAGCACCGAUUGUCGUAUAGUCAACAGUUUAAUAAUACGAAAAAACAAUGUCUUGAAAAAUCAACCGAUGAUUUAUCCCAAUACAAGGGAAUCGCCACAAAUGCGGCCAAAAAUAAAAUUCUGGUCACUUGUAGUUCAAGUUAUAAACAGUGCCUUCAAAUAACUAUAGAUUCAGUUUAUGAUCAGUAUUUUGAACAAAGGACUGUUAUGUUUAAACAACGUCAGACAUGUGUUAGAAAUGCACUGAUGAUGGCAGAGGAAAAUGUCUGA